AUGGGAGUGACCAGGAUCUUCAGGGUGGAUUCAGGACAUGAACAGCACCCUCAAAGUGACCAGGACCCUCAGAAUGGGGUGCCCCUGAGCCGGCGCCGCUCCCUGCGGAAGGUGCUGCGGGACCGGGGGCGGCUCUCGCACCUCUGGAAAGCUCCGGGUGGGUCGGACACGGACAGCGAGGACUGCGCCGCCUUCUCGGAGACCAACGAGCCCCUGAUCAACUACCUGGACCUGGAGUAUUUCGGGCAGAUCUCCAUCGGGACUCCCCCGCAGAAUUUCACCGUGGUGUUCGACACCGGCUCCUCCAACCUUUGGGUGCCUUCUGUCUACUGCGUCAGCAAAGCCUGCGCUGACCACUCCAAAUUCCAACCAACACAAUCCAGCACCUACCAGGUGAUCGGGACCCCCUUCUCCAUCCAGUACGGGACCGGGAGCCUGACCGGGAUCAUCGGCUCGGACCAAGUGGCCGUCCAGGGGCUCGCCGUGAGCAACCAGCAGUUUGCAGAGAGCAUCAGCGAGCCGGGAAAAGCCUUCCUGGAUGCUGAAUUCGACGGGAUCCUGGGGCUGGCUUACCCUUCCCUGGCCGUGGAUGGGGUCACUCCGGUCUUCGACAACAUGAUGGCCCAAAAUCUGGUGGAGCUGCCCAUUUUCUCCGUCUACAUGAGCUCGAACCCCGAAUCCCCCCAAGGGGGUGAGCUGCUCUUUGGGGGUUUUGACACCUCCCGCUUCACGGGACCCCUGAACUGGGUGCCGGUCACCCAGCAGGGCUACUGGCAGAUCCAGCUGGACAACAUCCAGCUGGCUGGGACRGUGAUUUUCUGCGCCGACGGCUGCCAGGCCAUCGUGGACACCGGCACGUCGCUCAUCACCGGCCCCACCAAGGACAUCAAAGAGCUGCAGAAGCUCAUCGGGGCCGUGUCUGUGGAUGGAGUGUUCGCCGUGGAGUGCAGCAAUCUGGACGCGAUGCCUGGGCUGACCUUCACCAUCAACGGGCUGCCCUACACGCUCAGCGCCCAGGMUUACACCCUGAYGGAGUACGCUGAUGGCGAGGCUUUCUGCACCAGCGGCUUCCAGGGCAGCGACAUCCCCCCUCCCACCGGGCCCCUCUGGAUUUUGGGAGAUGUUUUCAUCCGCCAGUUCUACACCGUCUUUGACCGCGGGAAYAACGUGGUGGGGCUGGCCCCCGCCGUGCCUUAGGGUGGGCAGGGCAGGGCGUGUCACCCUCGGUGUCCCCGGUGUCCCCAAACACCCAGGGAUGCGGCUGAAGAGCCCAGCAGGAGCUCAGCCCACCCCAGAACGCUGGGAUACAAAAAUAUCUCGAGCAGCUCCGUGAUCUGCUCCGCACCUUCUCCGUUUUUCAACCCUGAGCCAAUAAAAGCUUUAAUAAACCCAAACCCGCCGUGUUCCCGUCCUCAGGAGCGUGGCAGAAA